UUAUCUAUAAUUAAUAUUUGAACGUUUGCAGAAGUUUGAACUUUGAAAAUCUCAUCCAAAACCGAGGCGAGCAUUUUUUCGCCUAUCCUUCACCAAGAAUGUACCUCAUUCCAAAGUCCCAUACUACAGCAACGCAUCGGCAAUCUUCACCACAUAAUGGUAUGAGGUGGUUAGUCUCGGCACGUAUAGCCAUUCCCGGGAAUUCAAAAAGAUGUAUGAGGACGGUUCAAAAUGCACAAUCACGUGUAGGUCACGCAAGUAUUCUUCAUUCCAAUGAUUUUACUGUAUAAUUUAAUGAAGAAGGCUGGUAGACACCUGACUUCUUCAUAAAUAUCCCCUCCUGGACAUUUUUGUCAUGUUUUGCUUCAUCAACUACAUCAUCGUACAUCUGGCAUUUAUCUUGCAUAUUCUUCCUCCUCUCCCAGCCUAUCAUACCGUUAUUUUUCCUAACUUUACCUGCAUACUCAGGCACGUCCAUACCAUCCUGUACCGCCUCUUCAUACCAAAGCCAAUAUGUCUCCUUCCAUGGCAACAAAUGGAAAGCCUUCGGAAUUAUUCACAAAUAACUUUGACGAAUUAGACAACGCCUUUUUCGACGAAUUUAUUACGUUCAGUCCAGCCAAUGACAGCCUACCUGAGCCAAAAUUUUCGGAAGAAUCAGAUAGUAAAGAUCAAUCUUCAGAGACAUUACUAGGAUCUUUACACGAUGCUGAUGCUGAUGCACAAGAGAUUGAAAAUAAUUGGCAAGGAGAUCCAUGGGUUUUCGCCCAAGAUUCAGCCUCACCAGAUAGCACACAAGAUAAUCUUUUCUAUGCCGAACUUUCUGGCAGAGCCGCAAUAUCAGACUCUGAUCUUCUCAGCCUUGAAGAUAUCUCUUUACAAUCACCUCAAAUAGAAGCAUGGUCUCAUUCAUCUCUUCCAACAUCACCAGCACCACCAGCUUCAACAAGAAGAAAAAGUCGAGUUGAAGCACUUGCCAACACAUUGAAAAAGGUGAGCACGAAAUCGGAAAAAUCUCUACGAAGUCCUAUUCGAAAAUCAAGUACAGUAGCUUCAAAUAUGGUACGAGGUUCGACGAGUCAUGGAAAAAUGAGCCGGGAAACAUUGAGAAGAAAAUUGGCAUUGGAUUCUUCGAAAUUCGGUUUUAAUCCUCAACAUCAAUCACCAAUGUCACCUCCACAAUCAGCUAGAAUGUCCAAUUUUUCAGAACAUACUUCUUCAUCAAUGAAGAAAGUACAAAAGACAGAGAUUUCUCAAGAUUUAUGGACUGGAAUGCCACAAGACUUACAAUUCCCAUCUGUACCAACCGAUUACAAUACACCAUUAUCAACACCCAACCUAGAUAAUAAACACACACCCGAAAUGAGAUUUCAUCAGUCAUCCUCAAAUGGAUCAAUGUACCCAAUGACACCAAAAUCCCAACAUAUGUCAGCCUCAUGGUCACAACCAGGAUCAUCAAAUUUCAGCUCAAUUGGAGCGUCAUCAAAUUACCCAGUUGAGGUGGAAGCUGACGGAAAUUCCUUAUGGUGGAAUCACGCUGCAACAACCCCAAUGGCACAACCUUCACCAAAUACCCUUCACCGAAAUUCACAAAGAGCAACCAAAAGCCUUGCUUUUCAUUUACAAAAUGAACUUUCAUAUAACAAUAAUGAAAUGAACAUGGCACAAGGGUUAAUGAUAUCAAUGCCCGAAAAUAUGCCUCAACAAUCCUUUGUAGUAGAAUCAUCACCUAUGCUUCAUCAAGGAUACUUCAAUGCUGGUGCAAAUGGAGGUGGUCCACAACCACAUUCACCAUAUCAUACGCAUAAUCAUAAUGCGGCACCUCGAACACACUCGCAUUCACAUUACACACAUCACGCUUCAUCCUCAUCACGAAAACCCCAUUAUUCCCAUCCUCCUCCCCAUUCUCAUUCCCACUCUCAUUCCCAUUCUUACUCCAAUUCAAAUUCAAAUAUAAAUCCCAACACUAGUCCCACAUCCCGACCUCGAAAACCUCGAACGGGAUCAAGUGGAUCUGAAUCCCCCUCCUCACCAAAAUCCUCACCCACUUUCCACGUCCGCAAACAACGAAAAUCAAAAAAUAGAAAUACAUCACCUAGAACUCCUACAUCAGAACGAGGAAUGGUCGAUUUUGUUAAUUAUACACCGGAUGAUAGUCGGAAGAUUUUAACAGGAGUAGCUCCUAGUGGAUCAAGUAAGACGAAAGCUAGAAGGGAAAAAGAAGCCAUGGAGAAGAGAAGGAAAUUAUCGCAGGCGGCGUUGAAAGCUAUUAGAGCUGCUGGUGGAGAUGUUGGGAGUUUGGUUGAAGAGGGUUUGUUUGUUUGAUUGGGGAUUUUUUUUUUACAAUUGUUUUUCGUUUUAACUUUGGUUUUUGGGGAGGACUUGAAUGAGUUGUUUUUGCUCAAGGUAGCUUAGGUGUUUGGGUUC